GUAACUUCUGACCUUUUGAAUCCAAAUAAUCUGCUUCAUUGAUAAUAACAUUUUUCGUUUGGAAAUGCGUUCAUUACUGAUGUGUUUGAUGUUUCUUGCAUUUACCACAAUUGUGAUAGUUGGAUCUGUAUACAUCAGAUGGGAUUUCUACCAGUUUAGCCUAUCGUGGCCACCAACAUACUGCGAUCCAUAUUUGUGCAAGUUACCGCCUGAAGUGAAUUCUUUCACGAUUCACGGAGUGUGGCCUACAAUUUGGCCAAAUAUAACUCCAAAGUGUAAUGUGUCAGUAAAGUGGAAUCUAUCUAAUUUGGAUCCAAUAAGACCGGAGUUGGAUUACAAGUGGCCACGUUUAAAAAAUAAUACCAAAAGAGAUAUUUUUUGGCGUUAUGAAUAUAGAAAACAUGGUCGGUGUGCCCUGGAAGAUCCUGCAAUUAUUGGCGUCCUUGGUUACUUCAAUGCUGCGCUUAGUGUUUAUAAUCAUAUAGAUCUUUUAAACAAACUUCAGAUGUAUAACAUUACGCCAAGCAACGUAAAACUAUAUAAUAAAACGUAUUUUCGAGACGUACUGAAAAAACUGUACGGGAUUCCUGGUCGGCUCAUAUGCAAAAUGAAGUGCGAGAAUGAUAGAACAGAUUUUGAUUUGGAGGAUAUACGAUUCUGUUUGAAUAGAACAUUUGCAUUUAUAAAUUGCAGCACAGAAGGCGAUUGUCCAGAGAAAUUCUAUUUUCCUCCAUAUCCGAAUCGAACCACACAAAUUAAAACAACAAAGAAACGAAGAAAGAGAAACUCACCUGAUCAAAAUACAUAUUGAUGUUACCGGUGAACUUUGCAUCACCAUGCAUGUAUUAUGCAAUAUAACGUGUUAUGAAAAAUGGC